AUGGCUAUUUUAGGUGCUCUACCGGCUUCUGCCGAAGAACUCGCGGAAAAGCAUCACAAACUAUUCCAGGAAUAUGCACGUCUUAAAGCACAGCAUACUGUCCUUAAGAAAGCAAUCAUCAAAGAACAAGCUACCAAUGCGUCGUUGCAAAACAACGUAAAGGAACGAGAAAAGCAAUUACGAAAACUCCACGAACAGCUUGAUUUAUUGGCAUUCCACAAUGAGCGGUUGACCAAACGUAUUGAGGCCGUGCAGGAUAGCGAUACUAAAGGAUCUCACUUUUCUUUGUUGGGAGGCGCCGUGAAGAAAGAAUUGGAGAAAAGCACUCAGGCACUGGAUGCCGCCAACCUGGAUUUGGCCAAGAAAAUUGAGGAAAAUGAGGCCCUUCACGAAGAAUUGUCGGAAGUCAAUCAUAUUUACACUGAGCAUGUAAACGGCCUGCACACUCAAAUCGCUCAAUUCGAAAAACGCAUAGAGGAGAUGGAAGAUGAACGAUCAUCAUGGCAAUCAGAACAACGCGAUCAUACAAAGCAGAGGGAAACGUUGAAAAACGAGAUAGAAACAUUGCGAUCUGCUGUGGCAGACAAAACUCGGCUAUUGAAUGAAAAUGAACAUCGCAUGAAAGAAAGCGACAUUGGGUUAAAGUCCGAAGUAGAGAGUCUGCGAGCCAUCUUGCUUGCAAAAAUUGGCGAGCUGACGGAUUCCAAAGGAAACACUGCUUUGCCAUCCUUGGACGCUAUCAUCCCAGCCUGUGACGCUUUGCAAAUCAUGAAGCAACAAGCAAAGAAUUAUAUCAACAGUCUCCGAGAACAGGAUUCAAAAAUAGAAAUGCCACAUGAAUUGGCCGAAAAGCUCAAGUUAUCACACGAGAGUUGGUCUAAGGAAUUGCAGAUUCUUGCAAACAAGAUGAACGAUAUAGAAAACAAAGCCGCAGAAUUGUCAAGGAAUUGGCAAGUCAGCGACGAACAUAACCGGGAAAAAGAAGAAAAAAUUGCGGAACUAGAGAAAACAAUUGAAAAUAUUCAGCAACAGCUGUCGCGCGAAGAAGAACGUGAUAAAAUCAACAGUCUACAAAUGACAAAUCAGGAAUUGGAAGGGAAAAUCAAGCAGAAAGAAAAUGAACUCCGAAUAGCAUUGGAGGAGGUAGAAAAAAUGAAGCAACAGCAAGCAGAAAAAGAGCAGCAACAAGAACAGCAGCGAAAGGAGGAACAGGAAAAGCGGCAGCGAGAGCAACAGAGGCAACAGCAACAGCAAGAGCAACAACAUAAUAUCGUAUCACGCAACUUUGAAGAAGCAUCGCCAGUCCAGCCCUUCCAUGAAACGCCGAAAGAGACGGUAGAUGAAGCAAUACAGACCGAUGAAUUACCAAGUGCAAAAGAAUCGAUUACUGCGAAUGAGGUUUCCCCCGACCCCGCCGCGUUAAACGACGAUGAAGAUGAUGAGGAAGAUGAAGUUUUUGUAUACCCCCAUCCUUCCGAUAAGGAGGGUCAGUCAAUAUCUCCACAAAGGCAUAUGAAUGAAUCCGAGGAAGAAUCUGAAGAUGAACAAGUGUUUGUCUAUCGAGGUCAGGAUGCCAUGGAAAUUGAAAAAGAUUCCGGUCUAUUACCGAUAUCCGAGUCCCAGGCUCCCACGGUUUCACCAACAUCUGGCGUGAGCUUGCAACCUAUUUCGUUGACAAAACAAGCAAAGGUGGAUGAGGCGGCGUCUGAAGAACCGGCGGAUACCGAUUCGAACGACACCAAGAACAGUAUGGCGCACCGUGAAGCCGCAUUGACGCAAUAUUACGAAAGCAAUAUAGAGCAGCUUACCGACAAGUUACAAAUGGCCGAUAGCAAAGCACUGCGUUACUCGAAAUUGGCCGAAUCCUUUAAAACAAAAUGGACCGCCGCAGAAACAGAGAAACAAAGUUUAUUGGAUGAAGUGGACCGACUCAAAAAGGAGGUCGCCAAAGUCGAGGAAUUAUUACGUACCACCGAGUCUAAUUAUCAAGGCCAAGUAGAUAUGAUGACUGAAUACAUUAGUUCCUUUCAGCGAAAUCAAGAAAGCGAAGGAGCACGAUAA